UGAAAAAAUCAUCAAAAAACUGUUAUAACCCAGAAGUUCAACGAAAUGCACAUAUAACGGGCCUCUAAAACAUAUAUUAUCUGGUAUAUCGUCGAGGUUGGGUUAUUCUAGAGUUGAUCGUUUUGGUCGACUGUUUAGGCCAGGCGUCCAUUUUCUUUCUUCUUUGUUUCCUGUCAUUUUAGCUAGCAAGCUAGAAAGCGAUAACGUCGAAAUGGAAACUAGGCGGGAUAGCAAACUAGCUUAAUUACUUAGCCUUUCUGCUGGCUAAAAAACAUCGGAUAAAAUCGAAAAUGCUCUAACUAGCUAGACAACUGCAUGUAUAAUUAAAUAGCAACUUUCCAGCAAAGCAUGUUUUUUAAAUGUCUUGAUCUCCAUCAUGUGUUAAUCGUAGCACGCAUGUAAAAACUGCAAUGCAUGGCAUUAGCCGUAUUAGUAGGUUAGCCAACGUUAGCCUAGCCAACGUCAGCAUUCAAAUAUCUGGCUAACCAACAACUUUCGUCCUCGCCCCACCUUCAUGCUUCGGGGCUAGCCCUGGCCUGUGAAAAUGCGCUCGCUGACAUCCGCUAAAACCAAGCACCAUUUGUAUCGCUUGCAAGUUGUGUAAAACUCGUUUUGAUCUGAUUAUCAAAAUUUGCCUCGGCAUCUUAUUCUGGCAAUUAUUGGAUUUGUGAACAGCCGAAGUGUAGCCCACGCUAGCUACAGUGUUGCGCACUCAAAAAUUAGACGAUGUCAGGAAGGCAGAAUGACCCGGGCGCCUAACGUUGUUAGCUAGUGGGCUAACAUAGCCCCGCGUGCUCCAAAAACUCUCCUCUCCAUUUCGCGUUAAUACCAUAUCCUCAGGAAUAGUUCUAUUAUUAACGUUAUCCACGCUCCCAGCUCCCCGCCGGUCGUGUUGCUGUAUGCUUCCAUUGCCCGCUGUCUCGUUCUGAGCCCACCUUGAGUUCCAGCAGCAGAAGGCAGAGAACAAGAGGAGAGCUCCCUCUACAACUCGGCGUUAACCAUGGACGGGGGACCGACAGACUCGGUGGUGGACGAAGGGGCUGGCGAGGCCUACAAGGCCAAGGACCUCAGCUCCUUCCCCGGGGAGGAGGAGUCCAUGGUGGUGGCUGACCUGCUCCAGCAGGCGGCGGAGGCUGGAGGGGUGGUGGAGGGGCCUGGGGAGCAGCAGGAGGAGGCCCAGCUGAUGGGGGCCGGGGUGGAGGGGAUGGUGAGCGGCGGGGGGGUGGAGGUGAUGGUGAUGGAGUCCCUGGACCCGUCGCUCCUGCAGCUGAAGACGGAGGGGAUGGAGGCGGCCGUGGGCGGGGCCGUGUCGGGCGCCGCCCACCAGGCUACCGUGACGACCGUGGACCAGACUCAGAUCAUCACCCUGCAGGUGGUGAACAUGGAGGAACAGCAGAUAGGUCUUGGGGAGCUGCAGUUAGUCCAGGUACCAGUCUCCACCGUGCAGGUGCCCGUCUCCCAGGCAACCGUGGAGGCUCUUCAAGGAAGCUACGUUGACUCGGUCUCCAUGCCCAAAGAUGGAGAUCCGGUCAUCUGCCACACCCUGCCCCUGCCUGAUGGCUUCCAGGUGGUGAAGGUGGGAGCCAAUGGCAUGGUGGAGACAGUGGAGCAGGAGGAGGGUCUCCAACAGGAGGACCAGGUGCUCCAUGGGGACGAGGAGCCCUCCGAGGCCCAGGGAGAGGACCCGUCCUGGGCCAAGGACCCUGACUACCAGCCCCACUCCGCCAAGAAGGGCAAGAAGUGCAAAAAGAGCCGGCUGCGCUACACCGAGGGGGAGAGGGACAUGGACGUGUCCGUGUACGACUUUGAGGAGGAGCAGCAGGAGGGGCUGCUGUCUGAGGUCAACGCUGAGAAGGUGGUGGGAAACAUGAAGCCCCCCAAGCCCACCAAGAUCAAGAAGAAAGGCGUGAAGAAGACGUUCCAGUGUGAGCUGUGCAGCUACACUUGCCCCCGGCGCUCCAACCUGGACCGCCACAUGAAGAGCCACACGGACGAGAGGCCACACAAGUGUCACCUGUGUGGCCGCGCCUUCAGGACGGUGACCCUGCUGAGGAACCACCUCAACACACACACAGGAACCAGGCCUCACAAGUGUCAGGAUUGUGACAUGGCGUUUGUGACCAGCGGGGAGCUGGUGCGACAUCGGCGCUACAAACACACCCACGAGAAGCCCUUCAAAUGCUCCAUGUGUGACUACGCCAGCGUGGAGGUGAGCAAGCUGAAGCGCCACAUCCGGUCUCACACUGGCGAGCGUCCGUUCCAGUGCAGCCUGUGUUCCUACGCCAGCAGAGACACCUACAAGCUGAAGAGACACAUGAGGACCCACUCUGGCGAGAAGCCGUACGAGUGCUACAUCUGCCACGCCCGCUUCACCCAGAGCGGAACCAUGAAGAUGCACAUCCUGCAGAAGCACACGGAGAACGUGGCCAAGUUCCACUGCCCGCACUGCGACACGGUCAUCGCCCGCAAGAGCGACCUGGGUGUUCACCUGAGGAAGCAGCACUCGUUCAUCGAGCAGGGCAGGAAGUGUCGCUACUGCGAUGCCACGUUCCACGAGCGCUACGCCCUCAUCCAGCACCAGAAGUCCCACAAGAACGAGAAACGCUUCAAAUGCGACAUGUGUGACUACUGCUGCAGACAGGAGCGCCACAUGGUGAUGCACAAGCGCACCCACACCGGGGAGAAGCCGUACGCCUGCAGCCAGUGUGACAAGACCUUCAGGCAGAAGCAGCUGCUGGACAUGCACUUCAAACGCUACCACGACCCCAACUUCAUCCCCACCGCCUUUGUUUGCCCCAAGUGCAGCAAGACCUUCACCCGCAGGAACACCAUGGUGAAACAUUCUGAGAACUGCAACGGGGAUCCAGGUGAGGAGGGGGAGAACGGCUCGCCCCCACCCCCCAGGAGAGGACGGGGGCGCGGCAGGAAGAGGAAGAUGCGUUCCAGGAGAGACGAGGAGGAGGAUAGUGACGAACAUGCUGAGGUGGAGCUGGACGACGACGACGAGGAGGAUGUGGAUGACGACGAGGCUGCGGCGCUGCAGGAGGAGGAGGAGGAAGAGGAGGAGAUGGAGGUGGACCAGGCCCCGCCCACUGUGCCUGUCCCCGCCCCCGAGGAGCCCCCGGUCAAGAGGAAACGGGGACGCCCCCCCAAGAACGCCCCCAAGCCCACCCCGCCCCCCAAACCCAGCACCCCCACCAAGCCUGGCCGGGCGUCCACCAGAGCCAACCGCACCACAGCCAUCAUCCAGGUGGAGGAUGAGAGCACAGGCACGGUGGAGAACAUCAUCGUUAAGAAGGAGGCGGGGCCAGAGCCGGCCGCCGCUGCCGCAGCCCCAGAGCAGGAAGCGGGGCCAGAGGAGGUCGUCGUGGAGACGGUGGAGCUGGCCGUGGCGGGGGAGGAGUCUGCGGCGAACGGAGACCUCACCCCGGAGAUGAUCCUCAGCAUGAUGGACCGGUGAGGGGAGGAGGGAACGACAGCCUCCCCCCUUUACCUCACCCCUCCCCCCUUUGACCCCCUUUACCUCCCCCCUCCCCCCUUUUACCUGACCCCGCACCCAUUACCUCGACCCACACCCCUCACCCCCCCUUACCUCACUUCGCCCCUCCCCCUUAUCUCCCCCCUCCCCUUACAGCUCCGCCCGGCCCAUUGUAACAUCCCUUUCUGAAGCACAUAGGCUCAGUAACUCCCCCCACCCCACCCACCCCCAUGACAACUGAUUCUCCCCUCUCUGCUGACUGCUCUGUCACUCUUCAUCCCUGCCUGUCGUAUUCUGACUACAUCAAUUACUGUGUUUCUUUAGUUGUUGUUUUAUUUUUUUCUAUCUACCCAAACCCACUUCCUGCCUGUAUCCUAGCCUGCUUCCUCUGUGUGCAGGCUGUAGAGAGAAAUGUAGCUUUGUAAACCAGACAGACUGUGGUCAGUCUUUCUCCAAGCAGCCGUCUGGGCCUGAUGCAUGGGGUGCUGGCUUCUUCAUUCUAGCUGUUCCCUGUCAGCCGACCCGUGAUGAACCCGUCUACAGGGGUCCUUUCCAGGGCUGCCCUCGCCUGCCCGUCUCCGCCUUGUGUUCUAGAACCUCUAGAAUUUGUCUCUAGAUUCUAGAUUUUUUUUUUCUUUUCUGUAGGCUUUGAAAUCUAGAGCGCUAGAAUGUUCUCGAGAGUUCUAAAGAACCAAUUCCUGUUUUGAUUCAUUGAUUAUUGCAUUGUGUACUGACUUCUUUACUAAUCUCUGAUUAUGAAGUUGAUGUAAGGUUUUCCUAUUAACAAUCAAAUGAUUAUUUGGCUAGGGACUACCUAGGGGAACAUUCAUCCAUCCAUUGAUCUAUUCAUUCGAAUUUGUUUGAGAGACAGAGGUUUUUGUUGUAUAAAAGGUAAUCUUGGCUUGUUUUGCUUGUAAAUAAUUUAUUUUUUCUUUUAUGAACAUUUUAAUCUUUUUUCUAGCAAUGUGAAGAGCUGUGAGGCAGGGUGUGCUAUAUACGGAACAGGAGUGUGUGCGUGUGUGUGUGUGCGCUCGCCUGGUAUGGUGUAUUCCUGGUAGAGACCAGGACCAGAGGUGAAGGUAGAAGCUCUGGGAGGAGCAGAGAAGCCACCUCCUGCUCCACAGGGAGCAGGCUGGCCUGGAGAAACCCCGUCCUCCAGACCAGAAGACUGACCUCCCAGCAGACUCCCACCUCCAUUGCGUGACCUCUCCAUCCCGGAAGCCUCCUGGCUGGCGGCAGGAUCACGUGAUUCUCUCGUCCUCCCAGUCCCGCCCCACCCUCGCCCGUAGCAGUCUGUGCCGCCUCCAGGAGAAGAUGAUGGCGAUCCCCCGUGUUUGUUCAUGAGCAUGUGUCCAGAGCAGCGCACAUGGAUGUGCAACAUGAUGCGCCCAGCAGCUCUGGAGAGAGAUCAAGUGAGGCUGUGAAGGUGUUGGACGGACCUUGCCGAAUGAGAGUAGGUUCCUAUAAUGUCAUUGUCCAUCUCUUUUUGCCACACUAGAAAGAGAUUAAGGGAUGUGUUGAGAGAGGAAUGAGAAGAAGAGAAUAAAACGGAUGUUUUUGUAUAAAGUUUGUUAAAACUUGUUUGAAGAGAACUAUGCCCUUUCACAGAUUAAAUGCUGACUGAAUGACGUUCCCUCUUGUAAGAAAUGAUUACAAUUAAACUGCUUUUUGUCAAGCUCUUACGAUACAAUACUAGGUUGAUGCAUUUUUGUACCUGACUGUACUUUUCGAAUUCUGAGACCAGCACACAGCCGGAGUCAAACUGACUGACUGCUCAACAAAUGGGUCUGCUCUUUCCUUCCUUUUGUGAGGUCAUCUCUGAUCAUACCAGGCUGUUCAGGUGGAGGCCAUGAGCGUCUCUAGAGAUCUAGCCAAUCCUGACAGAGAUCAGAGGGUUCCCGAGGAGGGGAGGGAGGAGCAUGGCCUGUUUAGAGAGGGUCGGGUCAGGGCUGCGGGCUGAGCUGGUAGACAUGCUGGUUCUGAGGAUGUGUCACUGUACAGGUAAUAAAACAUACUGGCCUAA